UGUGCGUGAAUGUUUGGAAUUGGCAAAUAGUUGUGAGGUGGAAAAGCUUGUUGCUUCGUUUGGAAUUGGGAAAGUAGAAAGUCGUCCAGGAAGGACAUCGUUGGAAAACGGGAAAACACACACACACUCACACAUUCCUUUGGAAAACGUUCAUUCAGACCGUUAGUCGUUACUUUAUAAUAUUCAGUUAUACAAAAUGGACCGUUGUGAGCAGCACGUACAAGCGAUCCCUCUGCAGCGCCUUAAUACACGUGAAGAACACCAAAGGCGGCAACAUUUGCGGCAUGUAUUCGAAAAGUACGACGCGGAUUCCGAUGGAUAUCUCAAUAUAGUUGAGAUGAAACACCUAAUACACGAAAAAAAGUGUGCCGAUAUGCCUAAAGAUUUGGCGUUGCAUCUGCUUAAGUUGUCGGAUACAAACAACGAUGGCCGGUUGGAUUUCGAAGAAUUUUACAAACUCAGUCUCGAGCAUCCGUACUUUUUGUGUGAAAUGUAUAUUAAAUAUUGUAAAGCAGUGGUGCCUAAACGUAACGAUGCUGAAGAAGGAGAUGUAUUAGAUGGCGAAUAUGAGCAAAGCAUGAAACUUUGGCCUCCACCACUGAUGAUGAUAAUUUUUUCGAUUAUGGAAAUAAUUUUCUUCGUCAUCGAUAUUGUGAAAACGCAGGAUCAAAAUGGUACAAGCACUAGCGGCCCGAUGGCGACUUUGUUUAUCUACAAUCCACACCUCAGGCACGAGGUGUGGCGGUUCCUGACGUAUAUGUUUGUACAUAUCGGAUUCAUGCAUCUCAUUAUGAAUCUGCUGGUGCAAAUCUUUCUUGGAGUUGCACUAGAACUGGUACACUGCUGGUGGCGUGUGGCGCUGGUGUAUCUGGCUGGUGUUGUCGCCGGGUCCAUGGGUACCUCACUGUUCACUCCGCGCGUAUUCCUUGCUGGUGCUUCCGGCGGAGUUUACGCACUCAUCACAGCUCAUAUUGCGACUAUUAUCAUGAAUUGGAAGCAAAUGGAGUACGCUAUCGUCCAGCUGUUUGUGUUUUUAGUCUUUUGCGUGACCGAUUUAGGUGUUUCAAUAUACAACAGUAUUAACGAUCCCUUCGAUAAAGUGGGCUAUAUUGCCCAUGCAAGUGGUGCCUUGGCGGGAUUUCUGGUCGGAAUAGGUGUGCUGCGGAAUCUUAAAGUCGAGUCCUGGGAGCGAAAGUUGUGGUGGUGUGCGGUGUCAAUUUAUUUCGUGAUAAUGAUCGCUGGUAUAAUGUACCACUUUUUAGAUCCUUCCCAUUUUUACUAGGCCUCUAGUAUUGCAACCGCACAUUCAUAUGCUCAAAACUACAAGCGAACACUGUCGGCGCGUGCUGACAGGAAAAUCCUACUAUAAGUAUUGUACAUAGUGCAAGCACUGUUAACGAUUUUACUAUGGUGCCUUUACAGCUCAGCCUUAGUGCCUUUUACGCCAAACCAUCGAUCAUUUCCAACUUGAAAGGUAAUCGUGCCUUUAUAUUUUUAUUAUUCGUGCAUGGAGCUUUUGGCUUGCGGAGUUUACAUGUGAGCUGCUUUCAAGCAAAACGAUUCAUGUUGCGUGUACUUAUUGCUAUAGUAUUAUGAAGGAGAAUAAAACUUGUUCACACAA